UUUUGCGCAUUAUAUGGAGCCAUGGAGGGCAAUAAUCAGCGAACGGAAAUAAUAGAGAAUAGAUUGCACUCUCAAGAGCAAUCUCACCUGGAUCUGGUUGAAACUGUAAAAGAGCUCCAAAAGCAAGUGCACCAACAAGCGGAAAAGUUAGCGAACGCUGAGGAUAGAAGUAGGCGUAAUUACCUAAGGAUCAUGGGGAUUCCUUAUAAAAUCGAUUCUCUGGAAUUACAAAGUUAUUUCCAGACAAUGGUGAAGUCAGCUCUACCAACUGCUAAAAAUACGGAUUUACUACUGGACCGCAUUCAUAGAUUGCCCAAACCCGGCAAUGCACCUGCGGCUGCACCCAAAGAUGUGAUAGUGAGAUUUCACUACUACCACAUUAAAGAGGAAUUUCUUGGUGCAGUACCCACGUCAGGCCUCACGAGAGACUACAGCGGCAUGAAGGUCUUCCAAGACUUCUCUGCUCAAACAAUGAGGCGACGCAGGGAAUUUCAACUUUUCACUGCGGAGCUAAGACGAAGAGGGAUAAGAUAUAGAUGGGGAUUCACGGUUAAAGUCCUUUUCCUCAUAGAUGGUCGGAAUUUAAUAAUCAAGUCGCCUGAGGAAGGAAUGGAGCUCAUCAAUUCCAUGAAUAGAUGUCAGGUUUCGUCUCAUAGACUCUCGCCAUCUACUCCUAUGCAGGCCAGCAAGAGAAGCAAAUCGGACACUUCCUGAGAUUCCAGCUCAUAGAGCUACAGUCUUCAUUUUCCACGGUCACUAUCGAGUCCUGCUCCAGUCCGGAGAUUUAUCGGGAUUACUUUGAAUCUUGACUUGUUUCUCCUUUUUAUGACAGACUUUUGAUUUUGCACACCAACGGU